AUGGCUGCUCUUCGUGACUGGAAAUCAGGGGAAAAUUCCCCCCUGAAAUUCGAAGGGAACAUGUUCAACUGCACAUAUGCAAGUAACAUUGAAUGGAUGGCAGCUGCACAACAACGAAAUCCCGCCAACUACCAUAAACUCAUGCACAAGUUGUAUGAGCUUGUAAUGGUACCAGAUGAUUUAGAGCAAGGCAAGCUAGUAAAUACCAUGGCUAGAAGCAUGAUUGAUGAGAUUGACUUCUGA